GAGAGAGCCAGCUGUAUAUGAAAGGUAAUUCCCUCACCUCUAACCUCUCAUCCAAUUCCUCCACUCCACGUGUCUCUCCAAUGUAUAUAAAUGAAGAGACAAUUUGGAGUCUCCAAUUUGGCAAUUGAUGAUAUCCAUGGAGCCCUACAGCAUAGACCCCAUGUUUUCAGGAAUGAGCCUCCAAUCACUCCUAAACCUCAACCCCUCCCUCCUCUCCUUCCUCACCGACCACCCUCCACAACCACAACUACCAAACCACCUCACUCUUCACCCCACUCUUGAACCCUACUUCAACUUCAUCCCAAAACGCCCCCGCCUCACCUACUCUUCGUGUUCAUCAUCGUCAUCGUCUCCGCCGUCCUCCCUCCGCGCAAAACCCCUUCCUCCGAAGAGCAACUUUGCUCGCCAGAGGAGGCAGAAGCUCAGCGAGAAGACUCGCUGCCUCCAGAAGUUGAUGCCAUGGGACAAGAAGAUGGAUCAGGCCACACUUUUCGAACAAGCCUACAGCUAUGUUAAGUUCUUGCAGGCUCAGGUCUCCGUUCUUCAAUCCAUGCCCUACCACGCACCACCGUCACCCUCCUUCAACAAUGGCGGCGGCUGUGUGUUCGGGUUCGGCGACUUGGAGAGGCUGAACAGGAACCAGUUGCUGCAGGUGCUGGUGAACUCUCCGGUGGCGCAGACGGUGAUGUCGUCGAAGGGUUUGUGCGUCUUCUCAAUGGAGCAGUUAGGGUUGCUGACGAAACUCUCGGAGCGGAGGCUUCUCCUUCAGAAUAUGAACGCCAACAUGAACAUGGUGUCUGAUUCAAAACCUUUCUUCAACUAACUUUUUGGAUUGUGUGAAUAUGGCGUCAUUCCUAUUCUGCUUCUGCUUCUGCUUCCGUUUUGUCGUUUUAACUUUUUGUUGCUGCUAACUGUGUGUUCACUCUCGAUCAGUUUCUGUCAUGCCGUUUCAAUUUUCUUUUUGUCGUUUACUUAUUAAUUAGAGUCUCUUUCUCUUGGGGUAUUGUGCCGUAUGUUAAUACUACUUGGUUAGACUUAUUAGAGAUUUACAUGAUGAUCAUGGUGA